GUUAGCUUACAUAACCGUGAGAGCAACACAUCUCACUGGGACCUACACCAUGACACCUCUUACCUGGACACUCUCAGUCUCUGUCCAGAUGCUCCUCAGUCUUUUCUCCACCUGCAAUGCCAGCAGACCGACUUAUAUCAUCACGGCACCAAGAAGAGUUUUCCCCAGGCUUAACAUGACAUUCACAGUGUGUCCGCUGCAAGACAGCCAGCCCCCUUUGAGAAUAACAGCGCAGAUCAGUAAGGACGGACAGAAUCUGAGCAGCGCUGAAGGCACCUUCCCCCAAGGUACCAUAGGAACCUUGAUCCUUCCAACAGAAGGCUUGUCAGUGAGUCACUAUCAGUUGGCGGUUCAGGGAUACGCAGAGCAAAGGUUGCUGUUUUCCAACUGGAUUGAUGUGGAGGUUGUUACAGAAACUGUCUCCAGCUUGAUUCAGACAGACAAGGCUAUAUACAAACCAGGACAGACAGUGAAAAUUCGAGCCAUCUGCAUUUACCCUGAUCUCAAACCAUACCUCGGGAAAAUAAGUGUCAUCAUUCGUAGCCCACGGAAGUCUGUGAUCCAACAGUGGCUGGAUUUGGAAACUACAUUAGGCGUCAUUUCCAAGGAAUUUCCACUGUCCCCUAACUCUCUACUAGGCAACUGGUACAUACAGGUGACAUCCAAUGGUCUACAGAAGGAAAAGACUUUCACUGUUGCUGAGUAUGUGUUGUCCCGAUUUGAAGUUUUGAUCAACACACCGUCUGUUUAUCUUCCACUCGAUCGAAUGAGCAUAACCGGAACUGUUACCGGACGAUACCUGUAUGGAAAACCUGUGAAAGGAAAUGUGACAGUCACCAUAUCCUUCCCACACAUCUCAUCAACGAUAAACAAAACUUUGGAGACCAAUGGAACUGCCCAUUUCAUCAUUCCUUCUACUGAGCUUCAGGAGUUCUUUCUAAAUAUGUGUGCAAGGUUGUUUGGGCUAAGUGAUUCAUUCUUGGCAAACCAGUCAUUCGAAUUGCUGAUGAACAAUACUUUUGAACUGCACAAAAAUUAUGCAUUCUCAAUGAGAAUCAAAGCUGCUGUGACAGAAUCACUCACAGGUGUGACGCAGUCCACAGAUGUAAAUGUCACUGUUUCAUUCUUGAAGUACAAGCUGGAGAUUCUCAAGCAUCAACAAACCCUAAAGCCGCCUCUGAACUUCACGGCCAAUUUGAAUGGGCUAAAUGCUUCUCUUGUGCAUUUCAAGGUUCAAGUUUCUCGUAUCGAUCACAGAAAACUGACAGCACAAGACAGAGAGAACACUCUGAUUGUCCACGUAACACAAACCUCAAACCAGCCAUCUGAUUCAAAUCCAGCAUUUGCCACUGAACAGUUAGAAUACAACCGUCUUGUUAGUAAUGCCUGGAGCACCUCGUACACCUUCAAGAUCACUGUUCCUGAGAGUGGAUUUGUUAAGAUUCAGUUUCCGUUGCUGCCAAACACUGUGCACUUAUCGAUGAAGAUUACAUUUGAGAAAAUGACGAAAUAUAUUUCAGUGAACAGUAAUGUCCAUUUGUCCAGGACACCAUUCAUCCAGCUUCAAAUGGAGAGUUCUCUUGUCAAGGUGGGGCUGCCAUUUGAAUUUGCCAUUGAAAGUUCAGAAGUAUUGAACGAAACCAACUACCAGGUGGUAUCAAGAGGGCAGGUGGUAUUCGCAGGCAAAAGUCAGCUCACCACAGUUGAACUGACGCCGGAACUUUCUUGGGCACCUUCGGCCAGCCUCAUUGCCUACUAUAUUACAGAAGAUGGUCAGAUUGUUAGCGAUGCUUUGGAUCUGAAUGUGGAAGGCAUCUUUGCAAAUAAGGUCUCAUUGUCCUGGAGCAAGGAUCAAGUCAAGCCAGCUGAUAAUGUCUCACUCAGUGUAUCCACCAGUGAAGACCAGUCCUUUAUUGGGGUCUUAGUGGUGGACAAGGGUGUUCAACUCCUCAAGGGAGGGAAUGACCUCACAGAGGCAAUGAUUAUUCAGGAGUUAAAAGGUGCUGCUAAAGACAACAUAGCAUCUGCUAAUGGAUGGUAUCCCGAUUUCAACGUAUUUCAGGACAAUGGUUUAAUCGUGUUAACAGAUGCUUCUAUUCCAUACAUUGAGCUGCUCUACAUACCCCAGAUGAUGGCCGAAGUUGACUAUAAGAUCACGAGCUCUUCGGAUAAGCAAAACCAAGAAGAACAUAAAGUCAGAAUGUAUUUUCCAGAGACCUGGAUAUGGUUGGACAUGUUUACUGGUUCAAGCUCAACAGUUACCUUGCAGAGAACAGUUCCAGAUUCCCUCACCACCUGGAUUGCCAGUGCUUUUGCGAUUUCCAAGAACCAAGGGCUUCAGUUGGCCAUGACACCUGCUGAGCUGGAAGUUUUCAAGUCUUUCUUCCUGGAAAUGAACCUCCCGUACUCUAUAACCAGAGGGGAACAACUCAUCCUGGAAAUAAAUAUCUUCAACUACUUGCAACAGACACUAGAGGUUUGGGUGACAGUUGAGAUGAAUGAUUUAUUUGAUUUCGUCAUCAUACCAGACGAGAAGGAUUCUGCCCCCAACAGGCAGAAAGGUUCGGUGCUGAGUCAAGACUCCCAUGUGUUUUAUUUCCCUAUUAAACUGAAGGGCCUGGGGAAGAUUCCUGUCACAGUCAAGGCCAUGUCUGAAGUCGCGUUCGACUCCGUCACCAAGUACAUUUUAGUGAAGGCGGAAGGAAUACAGCAGUCUUUCUCUCAGUCACUCUUUGUGGCCCCAAAAGCUGGGGGACAGCUUUGGUCCAAGGAGGUGGAGUUUACCUUUCCGGAUAACGUGGUGAAUGGCAGUGAAAUUGCUCAUGUCACUGUGAUCGGUGAUAUCCUUGGACCUUCCAUCAAUGGUUUAGAGGAUCUGCUCCAGAUGCCUUAUGGAUGUGGCGAACAAAACAUGAUCAGAUUUGCUCCGAAUGUCUACAUUUUACAAUACUUCACAGCCAUAAAUCAAGUGAAUGAAGAGAUUAAGGAGAAAGCUUUGUCAUACAUGAUCCAAGGUUACCAAAGGGAGUUGACAUACCAAAGAUCUGAUGGUUCCUUCAGCGCUUUUGGAAAUUCUGAUUCUUCUGGAAGUACUUGGUUGUCUGCCUUUGUGCUGAGGUGCUUCUUGCAGGCUCAGAGCUUUAUCUAUAUUGACACAUCACUGUUGGAUGAAACUAUUUACUGGAUAAUGAAACAUCAGGAUGAAAUCGGCGAAUUCUCGGAGCCUGGGCGAGUUAUCCACUCGGAGCUUCAGGGAGGGCAGAGUGGACCUAUAUCCCUCACCGCUUACAUACUGACAGCUCUUUUGGAGGAUCAGAGCUACCUGCACAAGGUUUUAAGUCAGGUGUCAGACUCUGUAACAUAUCUCGAAGACAAGCUACAAAAUGGAAUCAGCAGCAACUACACCCUCUCCCUUGUGACGUAUGCUUUAACCUUGGCCAACAGCAGCUUUGCAACACAAGCCCUCGAUGAGUUAAAUCGAAGAGCCGAUGAGAAGGAUGGUGUAAAGUUCUGGUCAUCUCCCAUAAAGAGAGGCUCCACAUGGUGGAGCCAGCAGCCUCUUUCGUCAGACAUCGAAGUUGCCGCCUAUGCACUGUUGUCGCACUUGAGGCAGGGCAGGCUCCUGGAGGGGAUCCCCAUCAUGCAGUGGCUCAGUGAGUGCAGGAACCACCUUGGAGGCUUCUCUUCAACUCAGGACACAGUGGUUGCCCUUCAGGCUUUAUCCCAGUUUGCAGCUCAGAGCUUCUCCCCUACAACGAGCCUCACAGUGACGGUCAGUGGACCCGGACUGCCCACCCCAGCCGUCUUCAGCAUCACCUCCAAAAAUGCGAUUGUGCUCCAGACCCGACAGAUUGGAAUUCAGCAACCCAUGUUGGUCACAGUAACUGCACAGGGACAAGGACUGGCCAUUUUCCAGCUUAAUAUUCUCUUCAAUCUGGAAAGCAAAGUUGCAUCGAAGAGGCGUCGAUCUGUGGAGUCGCAGGAGGUGUUUGAUUUGGAUGUUGACAUUUUGGAUGAUAAGGAUGACCUGGAUCACGUAACACUGCAUAUCUGUACCAGGUAUCGAGGUGGGGAAAACAGUUCGAUCACGGGAAUGGUUCUGAUGGAAGUUGGGAUGCUGAGUGGCUUUGUCCCAGAAAUGGAAGGUGUUCAGACCAACGACCUCAUCAAAAAAGUGGAGUUUGAAGCUGGAAAAGUUAAUCUGUAUUUUGACUCGUUGAAUGAGACGGAAGUUUGUGUGACUAUCCCAGUUAUAAGGGAUUCCAAAGUCGCUCAUGCCCAGGAUGCUGUGGUGAGCAUGUUUGAGUAUUAUGAGCCAGGGAGAAGGGCAGUAAGGACGUACAAGUCGAAAGUGAUGUCCGACAUAGACUCAUGCACCUUCUGUGGCUUUAACUGCAGCCUCUGCUGGUCACAAUUUGGCGCUGUAUCAGUCCCGUCUGCAGCCCUGCCAACUCUAGGAGAGCAAAUUCCACUGACACUGUGCCUUCUUGGUACAUAUCUGAAUCUUUCUUAAUUUCACGCCUCUCUCUCUCUCUCUCUCUCUCUCGGUGAAAUAAUUAUUGCUUUGAUGGGAAAGGGGGAGAAAGACCGGCAAGAACACAUUUGUAUCAGGCUGAGAAACCACUGUAACCUAGCACGCUGCUUUUUGUAAACCCUCGUUCAUGAUUUUUUAUUGUCCUUG